AUGGGUGGUAUUAGAGACAAGAAAGUGCAAUACUUUGCCAAAUUAAGAGAAUUAUUAGAAGAAUACAAAUCAAUCUUCAUCGUUGGUGUCGACAAUGUUUCUUCUCAACAAAUGCAUGAAAUCAGAAAAGCCUUGAGAAACGAUGCUGUUGUUUUGAUGGGUAAGAACACUAUGGUUAGAAGAGCCAUCAGAGGUUUCCUUUCUGAAUUGCCAGACUAUGAAAAAUUGUUGCCAUUUGUUAAAGGUAACGUUGGUUUCAUUUUCACCAAUGCUGACUUGAAAUCCAUCAGAGACACCAUUACCUCUAAUGUUGUCGCUGCUCCAGCUAAAGCCGGUGCCGUUGCUCCAGCUGAUGUCUGGAUUCCAGCCGGUAACACUGGUAUGGAACCAGGUAAGACCUCAUUCUUCCAAGCUUUGGGUGUCCCAACCAAGAUUGCCAGAGGUACCAUUGAAAUUGUUUCCGAUGUCAAGGUUGUUGAAAAAGACGGAAAAGUUGGUCCUUCCGAAGCUACUUUGUUGAACAUGUUGAACAUUUCUCCAUUCACUUAUGGUUUAACUGUUGUUCAAGUUUACGACAAUGGUCAAAUCUUCCCAGCUUCCAUCUUGGACAUCACCGAUGAUGAAUUGAUUAGCCACUUUGUCAGUGCUAUCAACACCAUCGCUUCCAUCUCUUUGGCUGCUGGUUACCCAACCUUGCCAUCAGUUGGUCACUCUUUGAUCAACAACUACAAGAACGUCUUGGCUUUGUCUAUUGCUACUGACUACACUUUCGAAGGUUCAGAAGCUAUCAAGGACAGAUUGGCUAACCCAGAAGCUUACGCUGCUGCUGCUCCAGCUGCUGCCGCCUCAGCCGGUGGUGACGAUGCUCCAGCCGCCGAAGCUGCUGCUGAAGAAGAUGAUGAGCAAUCCGACGAUGACAUGGGUUUCGGUUUAUUCGAUUAA